AUGCCGCCCUCGAAGCCGCUGCCAUGCAGUGAUGAGUUUGCGACGCCCGAGGAAUACGUGGAGGAGCUCCUUGAUUUCGCCUCGACGUGCGAUACGUGGCAGAUACUAUGCGGCGCCGUCCACGUCGUCGACUUUUUCGUCACAGAGCCCGGCCUUUUCUACGCUGCCCUACCCGCAGAGUGGCACGCCUUUUUGCUCUCGCAGGAUGUGAUGCGCCUGCUCGACUUUUUCGUGCGUGAUGACCCCGACACUGCCACGUUUGCCGACGGGCAGACGCCGCCGGAAAGCCUCGUCAAGUACAUCAAGACGAUCCGCCGGCUGGCGCUGCGGCGCAACGUCCAGCCGCCGCCAGAGGCAGACGCGACGCUGCCGGCGCUCACGCGCACCGUGUCGGUGGGCAUGAAUCCGAAAAAGAUCCACGAGGUGAAGCGCUUCGCCGACUACGUGGCGCGGCUGUCGUCGGACAUUGCCGCGGACGCGAACGAUGAGGUGACACACUUUGUGGACUUUGGGAGCGGGCAGAACUACCUGGGCCGCGCGCUGGCCAGCGAGCCGUACAACCGGCGCGUCGUGGCCGUCGAGGGGCGGCAGAACAAUGUCGACGCGGCCAAGAGCUACGACACGCAGUCGGGACUGGCGGUGAAGCCCAAGAUCUUUCGCAACAAAAAGGUGUGGAACAAGAUCCUGGAGGUGGUGGGCCCGAACAAGAGCGAUCCCGAAGCCAUGGCCGCCGCCAUCAAAGAGGUAGUGGGCGACGACGGCGACAACUUUCGCAAGAUUGGCAGCGAGGAGCUGUCGUACACGGUGGAAGAGGGCAAAGGGCUGCUGCAGUACAUCUCGGGCCGGCUCGACAACGGCGACCUGUCCGAGGUCAUUGAGCAGAUUGACAAUGGGAGCUCCGCGGAGGACAGGAAGCGCCUCAAGCUCAUGGCCAUUUCCAUCCACUCGUGCGGCAACCUCUCGCACUACGGCAUCCGCUCGCUGGUGCUGAACCCGGAGAUCCACGCCGUCGCCAUUGUCGGGUGCUGCUACAACCUCGUCACCGAGAAGCUGGGCCCGCCGACCUACAAGCACGGCUACCUGCGACCAACGCUCCAAGCCGUCAACGGGCGCGUCGUGCAGGAGUCGGACAAGCGCGACCCGCAGGGCUUCCCCAUGAGCGCCAAGCUGUCGACGUACCGCGGGCAGGGCAUACGCGCCAACAUCACGGCGCGCAUGAUGGCGUGCCAGGCGCCGCAGAACUGGACGCCCGCGGAGAGCGACCUCUUCUUCACGCGGCACUUUUACCGGGCCGUGCUGCAGAAAAUCUUCCUUGACCGUGGCGCCGUGCACGAGGUGCUGUACGACCCGGGCAAGGACGCGGGCGUGGACCCGGCGACGCUGGGGCCCUUCCAGAAGAGCACCUCGCCGCUGGCGAUUGGCACGCUGCCGAAGCGCAGCUACAGCGGCGGUCUGGUGCCGUACAUUCGCGCGGCCGUGGCCAAGCUCACGACGAGCAGCGACUACAAGAAAUUUGCCGACGUGAUGCGGGAGACAAUGGUGGACAUGACGGACGCGGAGAUGGAGGCGUACCUGGCGAAGUACGCGCCACGGAAAAAGGAGCUGUGCAUCGUGUGGAGCUUGAUGGCGUACAGCGCGACGCUGAUUGAGGCGCUGAUGGUGACGGAUCGGUGGGUGUGGCUCAAGGAGCAGGACGAGGUCAAGGACGCAUGGGUCGAGACGGUGUUUGACUUUAAGCAGAGCCCGCGCAACAUGGUGAUUGUGGGUGUGAAGGAGUGA